GCACCAAUAGAAAUGCUUUUUUUCCCUUGUCUUUCUUUCUUUUUAUAUAGCCUCACUCUUUUUAGCGUGUGCGGCCUGUGCUGUUCUUCUAAGCACCAGCCAUGCCCAGCUUCCUCCAACAACAUGUUAUUAGAAAAGGCCGCCUAAUAUAUUCAAAUUCCUUGGGAUGUUUUGAUGACAACAAAAACAACAACAGAGAUCUGGUUCCAGGUAUACUUGUUUUUCUUCUUUUUCUUUGAUUUAUUAUUGCAGCGCAUGACUGAUUCUUCAAAAAUGAGCAAACAUAAUAUAUCUCCGCCUUCAUCUCCAUUUCAAUUAGCUAAAUGUUUGAAAAUGACGAGUCUCCUAACAAUACCUUGCAAGACAACUAUACAGUUAGAUGGAUCUGUGCUCUGCAAGAAGAGUAUGAAUGUGCAUGUCGAAUGCUUGAUGAGGAAUUUGAUGGCCUGCAGUUCGAUCAAAUUGCUGAUGGCAACAUAUAUGCGUAUGGUCGCAUCGCAAUACACCAUGUUCUGGUCGACUGUCUGCCUGCCGGCCGGCAUGGCGCUAAUUCAGUGGCUCGUGCUGCCAGAGACAUGGUGCGGACCUUUCCUAAUCUACGGUUUGCACUGAUGGUUGGGACUGGCGGUGGUAUUCCAUCCCAAUGGCAUGAUAUCCGACUGGGGGAUGUUGUUGUGAGUCAGCCGCAUGGUCAAUGUGGAGAUGUGCAUCUUCAACGAAUGGAUGAUAUGGAAGACCAUCGGCGACCUAUAAUCGACCGAUUGUACAAGACAGAAUACGAGCACCCUAAGGGAAAUGACUGCGAACAAUAUGAUCCAAAUCAACUGGUUGAGCGGCCAGAGAGAAGACUUCACCAUAUUGUGGCUGUGCACUAUGGAACUAUUGCAUCUGGAAACUCUACAUGUGCAGUUGAUCCUGAGCUCAACAUUCUAUGUUUUGAGAUGGAAGCUGCAGGUUUGGUGAACAACAUUCCGUGCCUUGUUAUUCGCGGAAUCUGCGAUUAUUGUGACUCUCAUAAGAAUAAUGACUGGCAUAAAUAUGCUGCACUGACUGCUGCUGCAUAUGCGAGAGAGUUGUUGCUUGCCUUAAAGCCGCAGCGUGUUGGGAUGAUGCCAUUUUGGGCUGGCCAGGUAGCAGAUAAACUUCAACAAGGUUAGAAACUGACUAUUUCAUUUGGUUCUUGUCAUGGAGUACGGACAUUCACCAACAACGCAAGAUGUUUGUAUACUUUGGCCUGUUUGAAUUUAGGGCAGGAACCCCCUUCGCACACUAGAUAGCGCAGCGCUAGCAGGCCCAGCUUCUUUCUUUCCUUCUCCAUGUUAGUAUUUCGACAGAGAGUCUACC